CUCAUCUCUCCUCUUUCUCUCUCCUCCUACCCACCUAUAGGAAGCUCUCCUGGUGCUCACCACCUCAAGCGAGGAGGUGGGGUGAUCCCUCCUCCCCCCACCCUCCUCCCCUCCCCACUACUCACCGCCAUGCUCCCGAGAAGGCAGAGCAUCUUCCACCUCGGGGAGGAGGGUGGCGCCGCCGUCCACCACCACCGCGUCGGCGUCGUCGGCGCGGCCAUGGCCGGAGCCAACGGCCGUCGCUCGCGCGAGCGCGAGCGCCUCGUCGUGGGGCUCCAGAUCCUGGUGCACCACCACCACCACCACCACCACCACAGCCAUGGCCGGCACGCGCACGCGGCGGCGAGCAUCGUCUUGAAGCAGAUGGUGAGGCCGCGCUCCACCGCCGCCUCGCGCCACGCCGGCGUGCCGUGCAGCUUCCUCAAGGCCUGCUCCCUCUGCCGGCGGGACCUCAGCCCUAGCAAGGACGUCUACAUGUAUAGGGGAGACCAGGGCUUCUGCAGCGAGGAGUGCCGGUCGGAGCAGAUCCUGGUGGACGAGGCGCGCGAGCGCCAGGCGGCUGUGGGCAGCAAGGAGCGGCAGCGGCGAGGCCAGGCUCACCAUCACAGCCCCCACCGCACGCCCAACCGGGGCCGGCCGCCGCCGAGGAAGCCACUUGCCGUCGUGGCCUAGCUAGAAGAGACACAAGGCAACAAAGACGAUAGCCGAAGGCAAUCAUGGUGCAGGAUCAGCACUACUAAUUAGUUAAUUACAAUAAUCUGCUCUUCUUGUCACCGGCCUGAUCGAGGGGAAUGAGUGCUAGACAAGCUACAGAUAAUUACUCCUCCGUUCUAAAUUAUUGAUUAUUUUAGCUUUUCUAGAUAUAUAGAUUUUGCUAUACAUUUAGAUAUUAUAUCUAAAUGUAUAGUAAAAAUUAUGCAUCUAAAAAAGCUAAAAGGACUAAUAAUUUAGAAUAAAACGAGUAUCAAUCAAGGAGCAUGCGCGUGUGUGCAUGCAGUAAAGAAUAUAGCAUGGCGAAGUGGGUCCAACAAAAGGAAUCAAAACUUAAGAGAGAUCGAUUGGGUGUUUUUUUUAAAAAAAAAAGUAUGGUUUUGCAUGUUGCAGUCUUGAAAGUAAGGUUGUAAUUUGCUCUUGUACUCUACGACAUCCAAUUGAUUGGAGAAAUAUUAAGUGAAACGGGUCGAGAAGGGAGAUCAUGUUUUGUUGUC